GGUAAACAGUAAAAAUGGCGGCGUUUGUCGCCGGAGAGCGGCUGGCAAAUCCAAAUCAGCGGGCAACCUGCGGCCAGGACGGCAAAAAUCUCACCGACCUGCCCACCGAGGUGCUCGAACACAUCCUGUGCUUCCCAGUACUGAAACAUGUCGACAUUUGCAACGUGUCCCGCUGCUGCCAGCGCCUGCACGACGUCUGCCACGGACGAGGGAAGGUGUGGGGGCACCAGUACAAACUCAGAUGGCCGAGGCUGCAGAGGUUUUACCCACAGAACGAGAGCUGCGACUGGCUGCGAGAGUACAAGACACGCCAUCGAGUGGGCAUCCAAAUCCGGAGGACGGUGGAGUCCAUCUCCAAAAGGUUCUUCACAGAAGUUCCGUGCAUCGGCCAGGUUCUGGGCGACAGCUUUGCCGAGAUCGAGUCGCUGGGGAUGCCGGAGCACUUCUGCGAGGAUGAGCUGGUCUUCAUCCUCCACGCAGACAAGAGGAAAAGCCUGACGUUGAAGUACUAUGCAAAGAAAAUCCUUUACUUCCUGAGACAGCAGAACAUCCUGCGGAGUCUGAAGAGCUUCCUGGAGCAGCCGGCGGAGCAGCAGUCGGCGCUAGCAGGAGCCGUUCUGGUGGACCAGUACUGCAACCCGCUGGCCGACGUCACGCUGGAAGGCGUCUCGGCGCAGCUGGACGACAUGGCGGAAAAAGUCAAAAAGACGCUGAGGCUGAAGAACCCGUCUCACCCCAGCCUUCGCAGCGCUCCAGGCUUCCUCCUGGAGGACUUUGAGCUCCAGCGGCAGGUCUUCUGCGCCCUCAACUCCGUCUUGUACGAUCAGCUCCAGUACAAGGGGGACCAGACGGACUACUACAAUCCACUCAACUCCUACAUCCAUCAGGUGCUACAACGCCGCAAAGGCAUUCCCAUCAGCCUCUCCGUUCUCUACAUGACCUUGGCCCAGAAGCUGGGGGUCAAGCUGGAGCCUGUCAACUUCCCCAGUCACUUCCUGCUGCGCUGGUGCCAAAAACCGCAAGGGAGCCAGGACAUCUACGACUUUGUCUACAUCGACGCCUUCGGGAAAGGCAAGCAGCUGACGGCCAAGGAGUGCGAGUACCUCAUCGGACACCAGGCCGCCGCCGACUACUACGGCGCCAUCGGCACCACGGAGAUUCUGCUGAGGAUGGUGGGGAACCUGCUGAACAUUGGGAAAAGAGGGGAAGGCAAUGAAAAGUCGUACCAGCUGCUGAGGGACACCUUGGACCUCUACCUGACCCUCAACCCAGACAACGUGACCUACCUGCUGCUGCAGGCCCGCCUCUACUUCCACCUGGGCAUCUGGCCAGAGAAGGUGUUGGACAUCCUGCAGCACAUCCAGGCGCUGGACCCGUCGCAGCACGUGGCCGUGGGCUACCUGGUGCAGCACACGCUGGAGCACAUCCAGCACAAGAAGCACCCGGCGGAGCCUGAGGUGAAGACACGCGGCGCUCCGGAACACCUGGAGGUCCAGUACUCCGUGGGCCUCGUCAUGAAACACAAGAGGUCGGGCUACAACUGCGUCAUCUACGGCUGGGACCCCAAGUGCACCAUGAGCCAGGAGUGGAUCACCACCAUGAGGGUCCAGCAGCUGUCCAACGGCGCCAACCAGCCCUUCUACAACGUGCUCGUGCAGGACGGGACGUGUCGCUACGCGGCCCAAGAGAACCUGGAGCCCCACGCGUCCCCCCUGGAGAUCGGCCACCCGGAGGUGGGCCGCUACUUCUCCGAGUUCGCCGACACCCACUACGUCGCCAACGAGGAGCUGCAGGCGCGCUACCCCGAGGACACGCGGGAGACGGCGACGACGGCGCGGCAGCUUUACCGCGACGACGUCCCCCGGGGCGCGCCCUCCGCCGCUACGCCAACCUAGCGCGCUCGCCAAACGGUCCAGCACCAGGGGUGCGCCGGUCACGGGACACUUCAUUAGGGACGCUGCGAAGGUGAUGGAAGCUGGCGUUGGGGAGGGACUGUGCAGGUAUUUACCCCAACAAUGUGCGCACCACUCUGCUUGCAUCGCAGCCCCGCCGCUAAAUACGUUCAAGGAUUUAAAAAAACCUCCAUUAUUGUCAUGUUUGUGCAAAAUAUUCCACAUUUCACAUCAAGAAAAAAAACUGCUGUCAUGACAAGACUAAAAAGACAUAAAAAGUUGUAUUUUUACAACGCUUGUUUAAGGCUAAAAAACAACUAUUAACCCACACCCCCCCCAAAAUGUAAUACUUCAUUUCCAUUUAUUUAUAUUUUGAUGUUUUCAUCAAAAAAAUGUUUGAAAUAAAUCAAAGAUUAUAUUUAACUGAUAACAAUAAUACAUUCAAUAUAUUUUAUUUUGAUUUUAAGAAAUGAAUCAUUUUGCAAUAUAAUGCCUCAAUGAAUGUUUGGAAUACAUUGAAAAAUAAAUAUUUAAUAACAACAAUGCAUUCAAGAAAUUCAAUUUAAAUACAUUUUAAAAUCAUUUUGACAGUUUUUUCUAUAUUGACAUUAAAAUAAGUAAUUCCUCAAUGAAAAAAUGUUUUAAAUUGAAAAGUAAAUAUUUCACUAAUAAUCAUACGUUCAAGAAAUUCAAUGUAAAGACAUUUUUAAAUCCUUUUUUAUCAUUGGCAUUAAAAUGAGUACUUCCUCAAUGAAAUCUUUUUUAAAUAAUUGAAAAAUAAAUAUUUAAUAAAACAUUUAAUUGAAAUACAUUUUAGAAUAAUAUUUACAGCUUUUUGAUAUUGACAUUAAAAUGAGUAAUUCCGCAAUUAACAUUUUUUAAAAUUGAAAAAUAAUACAGUUCACUAAUAGUAAUAUUAAUAAUACUAAUAAUACAUUUAAGACAUUUAAUUUAAAGACAUUUUUAAAUCCUUUUGACAGUUUUUUUAAUAUUGACAUUUAAAGAGUAAUCCCUCAAUAAAAAAAUGUUUAAAAUAAUUGAAAAAUAAAUAUUUAAUAAUACAGUUAAGAAAUGUAAUUUAAAUACAUUUUAGAAUAAUAUUGACAGUGGUUUUUAAAAUGAGUAAUUCCGCAAUGAAAAAAUGUUUCAAUGGAAAUAUAUUUAUAUAUUUAAUAUAUAUAUAAAUAUAUAUAUAUAUAUAUAUAUACAUAUAUACAUAUAUAUAUAUAUAUAUAUAUAAACAUAUUACACGAAUAAUUAUAAUACAUUUAAGAAAUUUCAUUUACAUUUAAAAAUAAUAACUCAUACAUGCAUUAAUAGAUUUAAAUACAUUAUAAAAUAAUUUUUACAGCUUUGUCUACAAUGGCAUUCAAAUUUGAGACAUCUUACAAUAAAUAAUGUUUUAAAUAAAUUUAAAAUUAGGAAUGUAAUAGAUGUCAUUAUAACAUUCAUUCAUUCAAUUUAAAUAUUUCUUCUUCUAAAUGGCUUUCAAAUUAGGAAUGUCUUGAACUUAAAUGCCUUUCGUUAACAAUAUAAUAAAUAAUACAUUUAUAAAAGUUUUAUUUAAAUAAUAGCAUUGAAAUUGGUAAGAAUUACAGAAAAGAUGUGUGGCAUAAACGUUCCAUUGGCUGCUACUAUCAUGAAUAAGCACUGGAAAUAAAAGGAUUCUAAUAAAUAUACGGCAUUCCAAUAGACAUUUUUGGGGAUUUAUUUUGUUGUUUUGUUUUGUAUUGAGCCAACUGGUGUGGAGAAACGAUUGGAUGUGAUUGGUUUGUCCCUAAUGAAGUGUCCCAGACAGCGCUGCAGUACAGACUUGAAAAAAAAAAGAGAAAAACGGGAAGUGAUGACAAAGAAAAGAGGAAGUGCUGUCGGAGAAUCCCAAACAAAACGAAUCACACUGUCAUUCUUUGUUGUUGUGUUUUUUUUAAUAACUUAUUUUUUUGCUGCCAAUGCAUAGUGGAGGGGGCGGGGCUAAAUCAAUAAAUAAUAAUUAAGCGUUCCAGCUUGUCUUGGUUAUUUC